UCGGCGCCAUGAAAACACUGACGUGUUGGGCUGUGCCACACUGCACGGGGUCCCGGUGAAAGUCCUUCAAUAAUGAAACGGCUCUCGGGCCGCUGUGUUGUGGCCGCAGGCGGCUCUGGACGGAUCAUUGCGGUACCAACACAACCGGCUGCUUAAGAGAGAUUGUUUGUUUUUAUUUGACCUCAAAACGGUUCCAGCGUGAGCAAGCGCCACCAUUUUCGUUUCCAUUCGCCAUGCAGGAGUCGGAUAAGCGAAAAGGGGCGGCGACGGUGGACGUGCAGGUCGAUGAGCAGCACAACGCGCUGAUCGCGUGCAGAGUCCCGGAGGAGGUGUUCAAUGACGCACACGUAAAGGACCAGUUUGAGACGCUGUUUCAUCAGUUUGAUGUAGGAGUAUACUUCCAGUUCUUCAAAAGCUUUCACCGUGUACGCAUUAAUUUCACCAAUGCAGUGACUGCUGCUCAGGCGAGAGUGAAACUUCACAAGAGUGAUUUCAAUGGCAAAGAGAUGCGCCUCUAUUUUGCUCAGUCUGUGCAUAUAGGCAGUCCUCGACUAGAGCCCCCAAAGCCAGAAAAACAGUUCCUCAUUUCUCCUCCAGCUUCUCCUCCAGUGGGUUGGGAGCAGUCUCAAGAUGCUACACCCAUCAUUAAUUAUGACCUUCUGUGUGCUGUCUCCAAACUUGGUCCAGGUGAGCAGUAUGAGUUGCACACUGGAACCACCACCACUCCUAGUGUGAUUGUGCAUGUGUGUGAAGACGACAGCUCAGGUGGUGAAGAAGAAAUGGAGGGAGGAACCAGGGCCCGCCCCAAAAUCAUUCAGACUCGGCGCCCAGAUUAUGCUUGCUCUGCCCAGAAGUGAAUUUACUUGACGAUUCUGGAAAACUAGUAAUCAAACUGGUAAUCCAGUUUCACCCUCCAUCACCAUGAGGUAGCAAAUAUAAAUGCCACUCUCUGAUAUGGAAUAUCACAUCUUUACCAUCACACAUGCUUCUGAUUUUUAAAUCUGGUUAAAUACAGUAAAACAAGACAUUUUUAGAAAUACAUUUGACUUUUUAUUUAACAAAAGGCAUUUCUGCUUACAUUCAUAUCCUGAGAAAUUGGCAUUUGGAGUGUGCUAGCUUGUGUUUUUGUUUUGUUUUUUUUUACUUAAAACUACAUUUUCUUCAUGUGUGAAAGUUCACUCUACACUGUUGAGGGCCACUGAUGUAGACCAUCUCGUUGUCAUAGUCCUUGUUGUAACCUGUGGUGUCUAUUGUGCAAAAAUGUAAUCCAUGGUGUUGCAGUUUUCAAAACUUUCUCUGAUUUAUUAUUCACUUGGGGCUGUAUUCAGAGUUGAGGUACUUGGUAAGGAGUUACUACACAUAGAAUAUUGAAAUUGUACUGAUUUGGUAUUCAAAUCUCCAAGGCAACAACUACCCAGUUCCUUGUUUGUCAGCGACAUUGUGGUCUUAUCUUUGCAGAGUGCUCAAUGCCACUAGGUUGUUGGCUUGUUACUUGCCGUAAGUAGUUGUAAGCAGUUCGUCUUGAGCUGGUGUCAACUUGAUGCAAAUUAGAAGUGGCAGCCCCAUGGUGCUUGGCCUAUGGUCUGACUGCAGCUCAUAAUAGACCACGUGGACCAUCUACCAUACUUUCCUCCCAAAAACAUAUUGCAAGAAAAAUAAAUUAUAGGAGUGUCUCUGUCCUUGAUAAUGUAGGGGAACAGGGGUCAGAUUAGACCACAUCAAAAUACCCCCAAGGCCUGGCUACCAAAAUAUUACUUAUGAACGAUACUAAAUAUUUACAGUAUGAAUUUAUACAUGUGAAUCAUAUUGCUAUGGCAAAUGAAAGUUUGUUUCCAGCUCUUUUGAAAUUGCUCCUUCUUACUGUUAACUUUGCUUGAUUAGAUUAGAUAAGAGAGAAUUUUAUUGAUCCCUUUGGGAGGGUUCCCUCAGGGAAAUUAAAAUUCCAGCAGCAUCAUUACAGGAUAAACACCCAAGGAGCCAUGACUAAAUAUCAGCCAUGACUAAAUAUCAUUUCUGUAAAUUAAUAUGCAGAAAGUUGGGGGGAAGGCUUCUAUAAUUUAGCAAUUUUUGCAAUAUAUUAGACUGUUAGAUUGAUUUUAAUUAAUUUGAAUAUUUGUCUUUUCAUUUAUUGUAAACCAUAUUUUAUUGUCUCUUGCGUUUAUGGUAUUUUUAAUUGAAAUUGAGUGCAAAAAGGGGGAAAAAAAUCUAAUCUGUUUUUUCGUCAACACUUUCUGUCUCCUUUCUUCUGGCUUGAAGGAAAACCUUUUAUCUUUAAAUCCAGACAGAACUGCAAAACUGAAAAUGAAAGACAUCUCAGGCAUGGGUAAUUUUAAUAAGUGAAUAAUUUUAAUAAUCCAUUCAAGUUCAAGAGAACCCUCCCUUCAUGAAUAUUGACAGCUUUUAAACACAAGUCACCACCUCUGAAUAUGGCCCGAGAAGAAGAACGCCUUAUUUAAGUGGUACACAUUUGUCAUGAAUUGUGUUGCUUCAUAUCUGUUGUAUAAAAUGAUUCUAAUGUGGUCUGUUGUACUCUAUCAUCUGUGGAGAUUAGUCAAAACCACUGUCCGAGGAUAAAGAAAGUAAAAUUUUAAAAUGCAUCCUGUGAUUUGUAGAAAAUUUACCAUCUUAAAUGGCUGUAAUUCAUAAACGGUUAAUGAUCUCUUUGUUAAACCCUUUGAAUUAAAGCUGAAAGUCUGACACUUCA